CUCUUUCUCUCUCUUGCUUUGAGGCCUCCUUGCUCAGGAAAAAAAUAGAAAAAAGAAAAUCUAGGAAAAAAAGAGGCUUAAUUCACCAUUUUUCUUUUUCAGAUUUCAGGGUCUUUUUUAAUUAGUUCUCUUCAGUUUCCAACGGGUAAGCAAGAAAGUCUGCACCUUUGAAUUCUUUGUUGUGAUUCUUUUGUUUUUUUCUUUUGGUGUUUAUUUCCAUUGUGGAUUGAGGAGCUCAAGAUCAGAUAAUAUUAUACCAUUACCCAGUAUCCAGCACCCAGAUAGUUUGUCCUUGUUUUCUUUGUAUAAAGAAUUGUUCCUUUUGUUGAAGGGGGUGGGAGACUUGUAAUUCAAGUGAGGUUGAGAUGAGUUGCCUUAGAUUUAGGAAACUCUUUAAGUUUUAGGUGAAAAAGGUGCAGCCUUUUUAGGGUUUUCUUGUGAUCAAUUGGGUUGGUUUUUCUUUUUCUUUUGUUAUUUCUCUAAGCUGUUUCUCAUGACCCCCUUUACCUUUCUGUUCUUGGGUUUUAUAAAUGAAAGCUUUGAAUUUUAGUAUGUUUUCAUUUGUCGUUUAUGUCUUUAAGGGUAGGUGUUGAGGACAGGAUUUGGGUAUUCUGUGGUUGGUUUUCCUGAAAGAAAAAAGGUUGAAAAGAAUUUGAUAAGUUCUGAAGUUUUGAGGAUAACUCCUCGAAAUUUCUGAUAAUUAGAUCCAUUGUUCCUCACCAGAUCUGAUAACCCCCUUUUCAUUAUUCUGCUUGUACUUAAACAGCUUGCCCACCUUUGAUUUGACCUUGGAGGUCUAGAUAGUUCCUUCUUUAUAAGUAAAGAAAGAAAGGUUGGUUGGUCAUUGAUAUGUCAUAGGAUGGAAGAGGAAUUGUUUGUACCUGUGAGCUUUAUCUUAAGUUUAAUGAUGAAAAGUGAUGAAGAGGAUGAGAACUGGUAGACUUUGUGGAACAAAGAAUUAUGAUUAGUUAGUUAUUUUUAACUGUUGACAUAGUGGGUGGAAUUGAUGGAAGAGAUGUCCCCAGCAGUUGCAAUGACGCUUAGUUUUGGUAAUUCUAUGUGUGAGAACUCAGGGAUUGCAACCCAUGUAGAAAUUACACGUCUAAAGCUUGUAACAGACACUGUGAGCUUGUUGUCUGAUCCUGUUAAUGUGGUCGAGGAGGGUCAUUCUGUUUGUAGUGGAAGCUGUAGUGGAAGCUGUAGUGAUGCUAGAGAUGAUGGUCUUGGAUUAACUGGUUCAUUGAAGAUACUUCCUGAGAACGGAAAUAUUUCAAUUCCUACUGAUGCUGUGAUUCAGGAAAGUGAUGAAGAUGAAGUAUUGUCUGUCACAGAAGAUACAAAUGGGAUUAUUACUGGGGAGUUGUUGGCAUUGGAAGCAGGAUCUGAGAUAAGCUUGGCAAAAUCUGUUGAAAUUGAUGAUUGCCAACUCAUUGCUAAGGCUAUUAUUGUGGAGUCAUCAAAUGAGGUGCAGGUGCCAAUGGCUAAACUCCUUAUUGCAGCAGUGAGCCCUAGUGCAGGCAUAUCUGAUAGCUCAGACUUAAGGGCGUCUGCAGUGGUUCUUAAGUUACCUAAUGAGAAAAUUCUCAGCAAAGGAGCAGCCCGGAGUGUAUUUGAACUUGAUUGUGUACCCCUUUGGGGUUCUGUUUCUGUUUGUGGAAGAAGACCAGAAAUGGAAGAUGCAGUUGCAGCUGUUCCUCGGUUUACAAAAGUUCCUAUCAAAAUGCUCAUUGGUGAUCGUGUUGUUGACGGAAUAAGUGAAAAUUUAACCCAUUUAACAAGUCAUUUUUUUGGUGUUUAUGAUGGCCAUGGAGGUGUUCAGGUUGCUAACUAUUGUCGUGACCGGAUCCAUUGGGCCUUGGCUGAAGAGAUUGGAAAUGUAAAAAAUGAUUCAAGUGCUGCAAGCAUGGAGGGAGAUCAGCAGGUGCAGUGGGAGAAAGCCUUCACUAGUUGCUUUCUUAAGGUGGAUGAUGAGAUUGGAGGAAAAGGUACCAAAGGCACCACGGAAAAUCACGGAGAUAUUUCUGAUGCCACUUUUGAGCCUGUGGCACCAGAAACAGUUGGAUCUACUGCUGUGGUUGCUUUGGUCUGCUCAUCUCAUAUCAUAGUUGCAAACUGUGGUGAUUCUAGAGCAGUGCUUUAUCGUGGAAAAGAAUCAAUUGCAUUAUCGAUUGAUCACAAACCAAAUAGAGAAGAUGAGUAUGCAAGAAUUGAGGCGUCUGGAGGCAAGGUGAUACAAUGGAAUGGGCAUCGUGUUUUUGGUGUUCUUGCUAUGUCAAGAUCCAUUGGCGAUAGGUAUUUGAAACCAUGGAUUAUUCCAGAACCAGAAGUCAUGUUUGUUCCUCGAGCUAGAGAUGAUGAAUGCCUUAUUUUAGCAAGUGAUGGGUUAUGGGAUGUCAUGUCAAAUGAUGAGGCCUGCGAAGCAGCUCGAAAGCGGAUUUUGCUGUGGCAUAAAAAGAAUGGAGCUACACCUCUCGCUGAAAGAGGCAAUGGAGAUCCAGCAUCUCAAGCAGCGGCAGAUUAUCUUUCAAUGCUUGCCAUGCAGAAAGGAAGCAAGGAUAACAUCUCAGUGAUUGUGGUAGACUUGAAAGCUCAAAGGAAGUUCAAGACCAAAUCUUAGUCAAAGGUUCACUCGGCAUCUAGUCAUUACUUAUAUAUUAGACAGUACAUCUAAUUAAAUACAUAGCUUGGUCCAUUCCUUUUUCUCAUGGGCUUAAUGUGUGUACAAGAAUAGCAACUAGUGUGUACUAUAGCAAGUGUAUUGGAAUGCCAUAUUGUCUGUGUUUUCAUUUUGAUA